GCGGGUCUCCGAGGAUCCUGAGGAAGAAGACGGCGGCGGCUGCAGGGAUCGAGCCGAGUCCGGUGACAGGAUGGCUGGGCACAGAUUGGUGUUGGUGUUAGGAGACCUGCACAUCCCCCACCGGUGCAACAGUUUGCCGGCCAAGUUCAAAAAACUCCUGGUGCCAGGGAAGAUUCAGCACAUCCUCUGCACCGGGAACCUUUGCACCAAAGAGAGCUAUGACUACCUCAAGACCCUGGCCGGGGACGUCCACGUCGUGAGAGGAGACUUCGAUGAGAAUCUGAAUUAUCCCGAACAGAAAGUUGUGACUGUUGGGCAGUUCAAAAUUGGCUUGAUCCACGGACAUCAAGUUAUUCCGUGGGGAGAUAUGGCCAGCCUAGCCCUGCUACAACGGCAGUUUGAUGUGGACAUUCUCAUCUCUGGACACACACACAAGUUUGAAGCAUUUGAGCAUGAAAAUAAAUUCUAUAUUAACCCAGGUUCUGCUACUGGGGCAUAUAAUGCCUUGGAAACAAGCAUUAUUCCUUCGUUUGUGCUGAUGGACAUCCAGGCGUCUACAGUGGUCACCUACGUGUACCAGCUCAUUGGAGACGACGUCAAAGUAGAGCGGAUUGAAUACAAAAAAUCUUAAAAUCGGGCCUAUCUUGAUUUUUCUUUCCUUUUUUUUUUUCAUUGCUCUGUUUAAAUCAAGUAAUUAAACUCUUAAAAGCCAAGCAAUUAUAUGACUUUUAUAAUAUUUUUCACUAAAAUAUAACUUGUCUUCUGUUACUAUGUAAUUGCUCUCUACGUUUCUUGUAAACUGUAGGAAUUUAUUUAAUUUUCAGUAUAUGAUUUCUAUAGAAACAUUGUCCACUGCACAGGAAUAAGUCCUAUGUAAGCUAAAUUUUACCUUUGUAAAAUCUUAAAGUCGAUACUUGGAAAUUUACGAGAACAGCAAUGCAUGAAGAGAAAGAACCUACACUUCAUUCAUUUUUCUCUUCUCUAGUAAUAAACGUUUACCUUUUAGUCUU